GGUGGCCUAACACCCGAAGGUUCCCCAGAACCCGUCUCAGCUGAAGAACGACAUGUUCCAGUGCCGCGGCUGCCAGCGCUACCUCCAGUCCUCUGACUUCAACCCGACGGCCGGGGCGCGUCUGAGCGGACGCUGCCGGGACUGCACCGGCCUCGACAACAUCGCCCGAUCCCGAGACGACUUCUCCUGCUACCGGAACAUCCUGAGGAGGCUGAGGAGCGACGAGAUGAGGCUCAACCAGGACGCCAAGAUCCCCUUCCUGCUGCAGGUGGAGGACGUGCGGUACCUGGUGGAGGUGCUGUGGGCGUCGCGCUCCGCCCUCCACGGCAGCAGCGACCUCUACAGCCUGGUGUUUGUGCGCUGGGAGAAGAGGAGGGUCUGGAGCCCCUGGAACUGCAUCCUGCUGUCCAAAGAGGAGACGUCCGCGCACCUGGAGGUGGACGACGUGCACAAGGCGUACGAGGUGACGUUCCUCCGCAGGGUCGAUCACAAACACAUGUUGGCUCGCCGGCACUUCAGCAGCGUCCCUGUCAUGGCGGAGCACCUGGAGCCGACCGCCACGCUCGGCAACCAGCUCGUCUCCAAGCCCGUCAACAUGGCGACAGGCAAGCCCACCGUCCACACCCCAGCGCGUUCAGCUCAUUAAGAAACCCCCCCAUUGUGCCCUUCCCUCGCUCUGAUCAGCUGUCACUUUACAAAAUAAAGUUCAUGAUGGUCUUAAUCCUGGUUUUCACUCAUGCACAUUUACUAACCAGUUGAGCCCCGAGCCUGUAAUUCAGGGUUAGGGUUAGCUUUUAUUUAGAA